CUCUUCCUUUCUUGUCUGUCACUCUCCCCUUCCGUCCAAUCCCUUGUGAUAUCCAUUAUAACCAGAGCACAAUACACAAGAGCUCUCUCUCUCUCCUCUCUGCGAUUCUUUCUCUCUAGGGUUUGGGUUUUCAAACUUUUUUUCUGGGGGCCAACCAGCUUCAUCAAGAAAAAGGUUAAGACUCUCUCUCCCGCUUAAUCUCGUAGCUCGAAUAUCAUUAGUAAGUUUUCCACAAUCUCCCAUGACCGCUUUGGAAAUGAUCAAUUAAUCUCAUUUGCGGUUUUGGGGACGGAGCUUCACAUGGAUACUCGUUUGAAUCCGUUGGAUUGUCUUGAUUCCGACAUGAUAAUAAAAAUUUUCACUUUUAUGGACGAUCCAUCUGAUCUUUUUAGCAUUAGUGCUGUGUCGCGAUCCUGGCGGCAUUUUGUGGUGGAAAAUGGCUUUUUUAAGCUGUUGUGCUUGCGAAUGUUUGUUCAGUUAUCUAGAGUUGCCAAUACAAUGGUGGUAAAACAUGGUGAAACAGAAUUUGGAUCUAGAAGCAAUUGUAUGGAACAGGAAAGCAUGGUGAGGGAUCAUAGGGUAUAUGCUUUUCUAAUUAAGUGUUGUACAUCAUUUGUUCCUGGGAAUUGCUUAUUCAAGGCCAUUAGUGCAUCCAGCACUGAUAAUUAUCCUCCAGAAAGCAUUGAUAAUACUCUAGAACCUAGAGAAAUAGUUUCUACGAGAAUGUCAUAUUGGUCAAGUACAGGACAAAGUAAUUGUGAGGUUCCUGAGACACUUAUAUACAAGUUGGCCUCCGAUUUUUGUUUAGUUUCUGAAAUCAGCAUUAAGCCAUUUGAAGCUUUCUUCCAGGAGGGUCUACCGAUAUAUUCGGCUAGGGGUAUGAGAUUUCGAUUAGGCCAUCCAAAGUCCCCCAUAGACUUGGAAAUGUUUCCUGUGAAUGAACCCUGUGAUGAUAAAUUUAUAUGGACCUACACGUCAGAAGUGUUUCAGAUGGCUCAGAUAAAUCGCUUACAGAAGUUCAAGCUUCCAAAACCAGUAUUUUGCAUUGGUGGAUAUUUGCAAAUAGAGCUCCUGGGUAGGAUUCAGACACAGGAAAUGGAUGGCUUGUACUAUAUAUGUGUGUCCCACGUUAAAGUACUGGGCCUGCCGUUAGCACCCGCGCUUGACGUCGAGAUUCUCGAUCAAUCUGGAAAUUUUGUGUUAAAGCAGUAUGUGCAAGCAGACGAUUCCCCGGUGACCUUGCGUGAGUUUAAGCCCUGUUCAAUCACUACUUUUGAUGCAGGUUGGUCGGAUGAUGAUGCAUCGGAUGAUGAUGCAUCGGAUGAUGAAUUUAUUUAAACGCGUAUAUGCUCCCUUUUAUGUUUAAUUUACGUCAUCCUCCUCCCUCUCAAGUGAAAUCUGAAACAGAUUCCUUCCUCCGGAAGGGCCAUUCUAUUCGAUGAAGUUUUUAAUGAAGGCUCUAUACUUUGAGUUAUGAUGUUUAUCCUGUAACAUUGAUGUAGAUAUAGCUCAAGUUUUUUAUUUAAUAUUCAUGUAUAAAGUUUUGCAUUAAAUAUGAGGAAGCAGACUCGGGAUUUAAUCAGCUGUAAUCAAAUCGAAAUGGGUUUUGCCCAUACAUUUACCAUUAGAAUAAACUACCCAAGUAUCGAGUACUUUGCCCAUACAUUUACCAUUAG